GCUCGAACAGCAGCAGCUCCACAGGAACAACAUCCACCUCAAAUGAGCCCACGGCGGACAUUGUGUUCCAGCCGAUCAAGAAGAUGAUCUACGUGCAGAAGCACAUCACACAGAAGACCUUCCCCAUUGGCUAUUGGCCACUGCCGGAGCCCUACUGGCCCGACUCGAAGGCAAUCACCCUGCCCCCGCGCGACGCUCAUCCCAAGCUGAAGAUACUAACGCCCGCCGUGGAUGAGCCACAGCUGGUGCGUAGCUUUCCCGUGGACAAGUACGAGAUCGAGGGCUGCCCGUUGACGCUGCAGAUACUCAACAAGCGGGAGAUGAACAAGUGCUGGCAGGUGAUCGUCACGAAUGGCAUGCACGGCUUCGAGCUGCCCUUCGGGUACCUGAAGGCCUCGCCGAACUUCAGCCAGGUGCACCUGUACGUGCUGGCGUACAACUAUCCGGCGCUGCUGCCGCUCCUGCACGACCUCAUCCACAAGUACAACAUGAGUCCGCCGAACGAUCUCAUGUACAAGUUCAAUUCCUAUGUCCGAUCCAUACCGCCCUAUUACUGCCCCUUUUUGCGCAAGGCCCUGGUCAACAUCAAUGUGCCGUAUCAGCUGCUGCAGUUCCUGCUGCCGGAGAACGUGGACAACUAUUUGUCGCCGACGAUAGCGAACCAGCUGAAGCACAUCAAGAACACGGCCAAACAGGAUCAGGAGAAUCUCUGCAUGAAGGUCUACAAGCAGCUGAAGCAACCAAAGCCGCCCUAUCGCCAAGUGGAAACGGCCAAAUUGUGCACGGGCGCAGCUCUGCGCCGGGAUCUGGUGCGGCAUCCGCUGUUGCGGGAUACGUUCGCCAAGCUCCACGCGGAGAUCGAGCCCGUGGAGAACUAUACGAUUGUGGUGCCGCAGCUGACGCAUCAGUCGUCCGCCAAGUCGUACCGCAAUCCGUUCGACAUACCCAGGCGGGAUCUGGUGGAUGAGAUAGCGCGCAUGCGCGAGACGUUCAUGCGGCCCACCAGCAUGGUGGCCAAGGACUCGGGCCACUGUCUGCCCAUUGCCGAGAUGGGCAAUUACCAGGAGUAUCUGAAGAACAAGGACAAUCCGCUGCGGGAGAUCGAGCCAACGAAUGUGCGCCAGCACAUGUUCGGCAAUCCGUAUAAGAAGGACAAGCACAUGGUCAUGGUGGACGAGGCCGAUCUCAGCGAUGUGGCGCCCAUGAAGAGCGGCAACAAUUCUAACGGCGGCAACGGCGCCAACUCGCCCUCGUCCAGCGGCAACUCCAGCGGCAUGGGCCCAGUCGGUGGCGGCGGCAUGUCCGGCUUAAUGCUGGGCGGCGGCAAUGGACUGGGCGGCCCCAUGGGCCCCAUCUCCAAGAAGCUGGAGAGCACGUCGCGUGGACGCAAACGCAAGGCGGGCCCAUUGCCACGCGCCUUUGAGUUUCGGCGCAUGUCCGUCGACUCGGUGCGCAGCGUCAGCUCUGGCCCCAGCUCGACAGCCGGCGGCUCGGCCAGCAGCGGCAGCGUGUCGGAGCUGGACCUCGAUGAGGAUAGCAACAGCAGCUACGGCUCCGAGGCGUCCAACAGCAGCAGCAUCAACAGCAACAGCAACAGCAACAUCAACGACGAAUCCAACAACAUACUUCAGUCAUAACGAUAUCAAUGAUGCAUCCGAGAUCUCGCGCAUAUUGCAAACGUGCCACAAUGGCAACAGCAGCAGCACGAUCAACACCAGCAGCAACAACAGCAG